CUUCUCAGGUAAAAAGUUUGUCCCUAAAGAGCAGGAGAAAACCAAAAUCAACGAGGACGAGGCAGUGGAGACUGAGUGGGACGAGAUUCUGACCGCAGCCAGCGAGGAGGAGCUGGUGGAUUUAGCAGCUGUCCUGGGCUUCCACAGCAUGCUGACACAGACCCAGUACUACGCCUCUCUGGAGGACAGAGAGAUCCACGAGGGAGGCUUCUUGGGUCAUGCCCAGGCUCAGAAGCUCAAGGUCAUCCCAGACGAGGCCCCCAACGCGACGGACGUGGAGGAGAGCAUCAAGAAACUCAAGGCUAACGACAAGGAGCUGAAGGCGCUCAACCUCAACAACAUCAAGAACGUGUCCAUAGAGCGGCUGGUAGAGGUCUGUCAGGCGCUACGAGGCAACACGUUCUGUGUGAAGCUGGACAUGGCUGCUGUGGCUGCGAAUGACAAAGUGGCGAAGGCUCUGGCGGAAAGUCUAGAAGAAAACGAGACUCUAAAGACGGUGAAUGUGGAGUCCAACUUCAUCUCUGGGGAAAUGAUUGUGGAGUUACUCAAGGCUAUUAACAAGAAACAAGCUCUCCUGGAGCUGAGGGUAGCCAACCAGAAACCUGAGGUGCUUGGGAACAAGGUGGAGAUGCAGAUUGCGAAACUGUUGAAAGAGAACAGCACUCUGCUCAGGCUGGGCAUCCAAUUUGAGUUUCCCGACGCGCGCAUCAAAGUGCACGACAGACUCAAGGAGAACCUCGACGUCUUGAGGAAAAAGCGUACGGGCAAGGCAGGAGGAGACUCCUAGGGGAGCAGCUGUGGUACCAGACCUUGUAGCUGUCUUCACAACUUUCUGUGUCCAAAAUGACGACAUUGAGACGAGAAAGUUUGAUUAAAAUAUCUGAUCAAAUGAAGUUGUUCUGAGAACAUUUCUGAAACCAUUCUUUGUCAUCUGUUCAAAAGGAGUGGUUAGUAGUUAGUCCAAGAGGAGGGGGACAAUUUGUUUUCAUAAAACUUUGGACAAAUAGUUUGUUAAAGUUGAUAGGAAAUAAACUUCCUAGACAAUUUUGAACAUUUUUGUACCCCUGUGCUCCUAGAAGCACAGGCCAGGGUUGGACAAACCACCCAUUGUGGUAACACUCUCCUUUGUUCUCAUGAUGCACAUUGUUUCUCGCAGAAUUUUUUUUUUUAAUACGUUCGCUUCGGAUGUGGUGUCACUUUUUUUUUAGGUAGCAGUGGAUUUUUUAAUGUUCUCUCAAUUCUUAUGUUUUUAUUUUUAUUUUUUUGCACGUCUUUUUUUUUCUGGGUUUUUUUUUCUCUGCUUUUCUAUCUUUUUCUUAAUUCACAGUAAUCCUAGAAUACACAGAGCCAUCCUUAAGUGAGUACAAUUAUCUCAGCUGACACCUGGUUAACAUUUUGCAAAGGAAUUGUCGUUUAACCCUGAUGCCAUUUUUUGAUUUUAUACCGUAACAUACUUCUAUAUUUUUACUUUGCACCAAUGACACAGCACUUUUGGUAUAUAUUAUAGUAUUUUGUUUUUGUUUUUGAAUCUUGUGCCUGUUUUGGAUUGAGAUUGUGAUCGUUGUGUACUCGCUGAUCUGAUUUUUACCUGAGACGGAAUAAGUCAUGAAACGUGGCAGUGACUGAGUGGCUAGAUCAGGUCGUCGCAGUGCUAGCAAAAGGACGCAUCUCAUUUUUCUACUUUUGAAAUAAAUGGGGAAAAACUGUCUAACUAGACUACUUAUCAAAUAAUGGUAAAAACUUGCUCGUACAUGUUUCUUUUGUGACUGCAAGAGCAUUUUUGUUUUGGAUUUACGAAAGAUAGAUCUAGGUACCGCCAAACGAAAUAGAAGGCUAGUUGCAAAAUUUUAGCACAACUCUUGAGUUAUUCCGUUUUGCUAGUGCUGUGAUGAGGUGUAGUGUGUCUCUGUCAGCUUUUUGUGAGGAGAACACGUGGCUCCUCGUAAAGUCAUCCAUGGACACUGGCGUCAUGGUGUUCAGGAAGUGAGCCAGGCUGUUGUGCCAGGAGUUUGCCAGCUGUUUCAUGUUUGUUUCGUUAAUUUAUUAUAAUUAUUUUUAAGUUUUUCACAUUGAAUUGUUGAAUUUGUCACGAUUCCAUUUUUUUGCCUCCGUUGUUUCUCGUUUAUUUGGUAUUUUUAGCAUAAGUGUUUUAGAAAGUACUCAUUUGCUGAUUGACGUAAGUUUGCUGAUGUUUCCCCUAGAUUUUGAUGCUAUUUUCCAGGAUUCUUUUUUUUUCCUAUUUUCCUUGAAGCUGUUUUGUUAGGCUAUUAAGUUUUGUUGUUUUGUGGUUUGGGUUGGGUUUUUUUUUAAUUGAUUAAAGGGGGCCUUAAGUCAUUACAAGUAGUCAGAUGAAUAUUUUUGCCCAGUGGGUGGCUGAAAGCGGUGGUAGGAUUCAGGACAGUGUAAGUUUUUCUGUAUAUUGUUUUUGAAAUCCAUGACAUUUAGGUAUUUUGAAAAAACUGGUGAACAAAAGUUGCAAUAUUUUCUGUUUGUAUCUUACUGUUCGAGCUAGGAAUAGGGUACUUGGCAAUGAAUGACAGAAGGUGGGUAGUUUUUUAUCUUCUUUUUUUUUUUUUUUUUUGCAUAUACUCUGUAUAAGAGUAAGAGUAUUUGUAAUCAUAAGCACGAUUUUUUAAGAAGAUACCAUUGUGCUUGAGAUGCCAAAAUCGCUUUAUGAGUGUGAUCUAAAACCUACGUUUUUUGUAGUAUGUUUGAAUAAUGUACUACUGCAAGUUUGUAUUUCUCAAGGACUAUUUUUAGCUGAACGGUGGGUCUCUGCCAGCUUAGACUGUCCCCAGCAUUGAGGUUUGCGUCAAAACAGGUGUCCAGUUACUCCAGGUUUCUCAGAGUGGUGAGGUCGCUUUGUACUUCUUCCAUCUGUGCCCUGUAUGUGUUCAGAAAAUUAAACAUUUGUGGAGUGCAGUAUACUGAUUUUGCUGGGCGUUCAAUGGGAAAAUGGGCCCGAAUGCUCAUUAGUUUCAAGUUCAGAAUUAGAACUUUUGGUUUUUCUGUGAUUGUUUUUAAUUAAGAUUUUAAUGAAUUUUUUAAAAGCGUCUUUUAGUGACUUGAGGGUCUUCCUCAUUUGUUUUUGUUUUUCAAAACAAACAUAAUGUUAUUUUGAAAUGGCUUUGUUUUCAACACAUUCUGGGUGUCAGGAAGAUAUUAGAGUCCUGUGCUAUUGCUUCGAAAACUGGCAAAUUUACAAUUGGAAUAAUGUAAUGAAAAUGUAUAACUGGAAUAAUGUUAUAAAUGGAAAGAAUAACAUGUGUCUCCAAAGAUUCUGUUAUUGUUUUGGCUUACUUUAUGAAGCUUCUCUUCGUUGUGUCCCUUUUUUUAUUUUAUUUUAUUUUUUUUCUUUGUUUUUUAUUUUAUUUUUUUUUUUUUUUUUUUUUUCUUUUUUCUUUUUUUUUUUUUUGUCCCACAAAGACAGUAUUAGCUGCUGUGUCCAUGGCCUGACAGGGGCUGAUUUGUCUGGCAAUACUACUACUACACUACUACGACUACCCUUGUAAUCAUUGUGCUUGUAGAUAGCUCAGAUCAUAGGUUGUUCAGCCUCAGUGUCUUGUCUCUAUGGGCUCAACCACCCUCUGUGUAUAUUUUGUGUGUGCUUUCGCUUCCGUGUUGAUCCACUGAGUCCAUGUGGUUUAGUAAGAGAGGGUGACUGAUUGAAAUUUUGGAUUUGGGUUUUUUUGGGAGGUAAUAAAAAAAAUGGAAACAUUUGAUUUGUGUUGAAGGUGGAAAGGAGAGAAAGGACCUUUAAAAAAUUUUAAAAUUUUCCUCUCGAAAGAAAAGAAAAGACCCGCUGAGUCCAUAUGUGUUGAGGGACAGGGACAAAUUUUUUAGGUUAUUUUGUCUGGAGGUUGUAAAAAAACAAAACAAAAAAGAAAAUAAAACAUUUCAGUUGUGCUGAAGGUGAAAAGAAGAUAGACAAGGAGGUGAAAAGAAGAUAGACAAGACACUUAGGAAUAAGCCUGACGUUUUUUCCCUGACAAAAAAAAAAAAAA